AUGAGUGUCCACUGCCCAUGGCUCCUCCUGAUCCUAGGACACGAGGCUAUCCUCCACUCAGCACGGAGAUGGAUCAUUGACCAUCCCAAAACCCUCUUCGCCUGGGAAGGAGCCUGCAUCUGGAUCCCUUGCACGUACAAAAUGCCAGCACCCUCAACACCUCUGGACAACGUCCUCCUGUUUCAGAAUUACGAUUUUGACAAUAAAACCAGGGACUUCAAGGGGACUAUCCUGUAUAAGAAGAACAUAAAGACUGUGCCGUUCAGUCAGCAGGGCAGAAUAACGUUUCUGGGAGACACAAAAAAUAACUGCACGCUAAAAAUGAACCCUGUAUAUGCCAAUGACAGUGGCAUGCUGGGAUUGAGGCUGUUGUCAAGUACUGACAGGUGGAUGGAACACAUUCGCCUGAAUGUCUCCGAGACACCCUUCCAACCCUACAUCCAGCUGCCAUCAGAAAUUCGGGAAUCCCAAAGUGUCACUCUGACCUGUAGAUUGAAUUUUGCCUGCUUCGGGUACUACAUCCACCUUCAGUGGUCCCUAGAAAAGUCCGAGGGCACCUCCAUUACUUCUUCUGUUGAUAACAUCUACACAGAGAGCAAGCUCACCUUCGAGCCACAGUCGACGGACCAUGGAAAGAAUGUGACCUGCAGAGUUAGGAACUCUACCCAGGUGCUCUCUGAGAGCACGGUGCAGCUGGAUGUCAAACACACCCCGAAGGUGGUGAUUGAGGUCAAUACCACAGAGGUUAAGGAAGGCAACUCUGUGAGCAUGACAUGCAAGGUUACCAGCAGCAACCCUGCACACAGGACCAUGGCCUGGUUCAAGGAUGGGCUCCCCCUGCCGGAACGGGAACAGACGUCUAAGCUAAUUCUUCGUGCAGUGACCAGGGACAAGAGUGGGAGAUAUCAAUGCAAGGCGUCCAAUGACGUGGGCCAAGGAGAGUCGAAAGAAGUGGCCCUCACGGUGCUGUUCGCUCCGGAAUCCUCGAAGGUUCACAUCUACCACUCACCUGCCCAAGAGGGACAGUCGAUAGAGCUGAUUUGUGUGUCACCGGCCAGUCCGCCUGCAACAAACUAUACCUGGUAUCACAACAGGAAAGAAGUGCCUGGAAAGACACAGGAGAAGUUCCAUAUCUCUAACGUCUCCCUGGGGCAUGCUGGGAAUUACUCUUGCUUGGCAGAGAACCCUCUGGGUCAUGGAUGGAUAGACCAAGAAGUUGAGCUGGAUGUCCAGUACGCUCCCAAAUCGGUAACCACAGUGAUUCAAAACCCCGCCCCGAUCCGGGAAGGAGACAGUGUGACGCUGGCCUGCAGGUACAACUCCAGCAAUCCAGAAGUCGCCUACUACAUGUGGAGCCCUGAGGGUUCUGGGAAUCAGCUGACACCGGGCGUGCUGAGGAUUCAGAAAGUUGCGUGGGACACGGGGUUCGUUACCUGCGCGGCCUGUAAUCACUGGUGUUCGUGGAGCUCCUCGGUCAACCUGAACGUCCACUAUGCCCCCAGAGCCGUGAAGAUCCUGAAGGUGAGCCCCCAAUCAGAGAUCCGUGCCGGGCACCCUGUCGUCCUCCGGUGCCACUUCUCAGGGAGCUACCCAACAGAGGUCCGCUUCUUCUGGAAGAAGAACGGGAGCCUCGUGCAGGAAGGGAGAGACCUGAGCUUCAGCUCCGUCUCUCCGGAAGAUUCUGGGAAUUACAUCUGCAUGGUCAGCAACUCCAUUGGAGAGACCCUGUCGCAGGCCUGGGGCCUCCACGUGCUGUAUGCUCCUCGGAGGCUGCGUGUUUCCAUUAGCCCGGGGGCCAGCGUGAUGGAGGGGAGGAAGGCCACUUUGUCGUGUGAGGGUGAUGCCAACCCUCCCGUCUCGCAGUAUGUCUGGUUUGACUCCAGUGACCGAGAACUCCAUUCCUCAGGCCAAAAGCUGAGACUGGAACCGCUGAGAGUCCAAGACUCGGGUUCCUACCGCUGCCAAGGGAGCAACCUGCUAGGCAUGGGAGAGUCGCCGCCCAGCACUCUCACUGUGUACUAUAGCCCAGAGACCAUCGGCAAGCGGGCUGCCUUGGGACUAGGGUUCUGCCUGGCUGUCUGCAUCCUGACUUUCUGGGGGAUGAAAAUCUGGAAAAAAUGGCAACGCAACCAGAGCCAGCAGGGGCUUCAGGAAAAUUCCAGCGGCCAGAGCUUUUUUGUGAGGAAUAAAAAGGCUAGAAGGACCCCUCUCUCUGAAGGCCCCCAAACCCAGGGAUGCCACAACCCGGCAAUGGAAGACACCGUUAGCUAUGCCAUCUUGCGCUUUCCAGAGUCUGACACGCCCAGCGCUAGUGACGCAGAGGCCUCCGCGACACAGGGUCCUCCCCCAAACAGUGACACGGUCACUUACUCAGUGCUGAAGAAACGUCAUGCGGGUGAUUAUGAGAAUGUGACUCCAAGCUGCCCUGAGGAUGACAGCAUCCACUACUCAGAGCUGGUCCAGUUUGGGGCUGGGAAGCGGCCUCAGGCAAAGGAGGAUGUAGACUAUGUGACCCUCAAGCACUGAUGUUGGACGUAGCUGCAGUGGGACGUUAUAGAGCCUAAAA